AUGAGAAAAAAUUUAGUUUUAUUUAUAUCUAGGGGAAAAGUAAUUCAACAAAAUAGCAGACUAUCAAAUACAACGAAUAGCAUAGUGCCUCAUACUGUGAUUUCACUAAAUAGUACAAAUACACUAACAAAUGGCAGGAGAAAUAGUACAAGAAAUUCCAUAGAAAAAUUCACAUUUGUUCAAGCAAGUCUAAUUAAAGAAAUAAUAAAGGAAGGAAAGAUUAGUAAAAAAUGUAUAUCUUUUUUGAUGAAAGAUACAUGGAUGACAAAUACGUCGCUACAUACGAAUACAAUAACAAAUAUAUCUACAAUAACAUCUACGGUGAUUAAAAAAAUACAAAUAGGGGAAGAAAUGGCACUAGGUGGAGGAAUGAAGAUGAGAAUUCUAGGAAUGAUAAAAAUAAUGUUGUUGGGAGUGAUUGUUAUGGGAAUGUUGUAA